AUGGGUUCAUGUUUGGGGAAGAAAAAAGUCUCAACACCAUUAUCAACAAAUGUUGGUAAUGGAAGUGUCAUGCCAAUAACAGAAUUACAUCAUCCCUCAUUACAUCAUCCACCUAUAAAUGGAAGAACAACAUCUGCUCUACCAAAAACUUCUUUUACUAAUGUAUAUAAUAAUCAUAUUCAAUCACUUUCAACAAAUGGUGUCAAAUCACAUACAUCUACUUUAUCACAAGGAAGUAGAACAUGUAAUAUUUAUAUUGCAUUAUUUGACUAUGAAGCAAGAACAGAUGAAGAUUUAAGCUUUAAAAAGAAUGAAUUAUUAGAGAUAUUAAAUGAAAUGCAAAAUGGUGAUUGGUGGUAUGCUAGAUCUCUUGUCACUAAUAAGACUGGUUUUAUACCAAGUAAUUAUGUUGCUCCAGAAAAAUCUAUUGAUGCAGAACCAUGGUAUUUUGGUUCUUUACGACGUAUAGAUGCUGAAAAAGUUUUACUUCAAUCAUCAAAUGAUCAUGGUUCAUUUCUUAUAAGAGAUAGUGAAACACGAGAUAAUGAAUUUUCAUUAUCAGUUAGAGAUGGUAAUUCAGUGAAACAUUACCGAAUACGACAAUUAGAUCAAGGUGGUUAUUUUAUAGCAAGAAGAAAAGCUUUUACAACAUUACAAGAAUUAGUAACACAUUAUAGUAAAGAAGCUGAUGGUUUAUGUGUUACAUUAUCAUCACCAGCAAUUAAAGAAGAUUUACCUCAGACAUCAACAUUUACAUAUGAUGAUCAAUGGGAAAUUGAUAGAAGAUCAAUACGUUUAAUAAGACAAAUUGGUGCUGGACAAUUUGGUGAGGUAUGGCAUGGUAUAUGGAAAAAUUCAACACAUGUUGCUGUUAAAAAAUUACGCCCUGGAUCAGCGGAUGUUUCAGAUUUUUUGGCUGAGGCACAAAUUAUGAAACGUCUUAAACAUCCUAAAUUAUUACAAUUAUAUGCUGUAUGUACAAGAGAAGAACCAAUAUUAAUUAUUACUGAAUUAAUGCAAGAAAAUUUAUUAACAUUCCUUCAAGGACGUGGUAAAAAUUCAUCUAUAACAACAUUAGUUGACAUUGCUUCACAAGUAGCAGCAGGAAUGAAAUAUUUAGAAGAGAUGAAUUUUAUUCAUAGAGAUUUAGCAGCAAGAAAUAUACUUGUAUCUAGUACAGGAUCAAUAAAAAUUGCUGAUUUUGGUUUGGCAAGAUUAAUGAGAGAAAAUGAGUAUGAGGCAAGAGUAGGUAGUCGUAUACCAAUAAAAUGGUCACCACUAGAAGCUAUUCAUUAUAAUCGUUUUACCAGUAAAUCUGAUGUUUGGAGUUUUGGUAUAUUACUUGUAGAAUUGGUAACAUAUGGUAGAACACCAUAUCCAGGAAUGACAAAUGCUGAAGUUUUACAAAAAGUUGAAAAUGGUUAUCGAAUGCCAUGUCCAAGUGGAUGUCCACCACCAUUAUAUGAAAUAAUGCUUCAAUGUUGGCAUAGAGAUCCUGAAAAAAGACCAACAUUUGAAACAUUACAAUGGCGUUUAGAAGAUUUAUUUUCAAAUGAUGGAUCAGAGUAUAAAGAAGCAGCUAUGAGUUAUUAA